UAAUAACGCGUUAUGACGGUGUUCCCAGUAACACUGAAUGAGAAUUCCAUCAAUUUUCUGGGUCCCCGAUAUUUACUGAGACUGGAAGAAAAUUAAUAAAAAGAACGAAACUCCUUUUCUCAAACUAAAACCAGAUUUUUCGAUACAGCUUAUAUAAACGUAUUGAUAUACAGAUAUUUUUCAAGUACAAUCGUGCGGGGUUUACGAUGUGAACACGUUAGAUAAGAGUUACGUAAACACUUUCAAACUCUAUUUCGUAUGAAUUUGCUGUCGAUGCUGAUUCAAGAAACAUAGUAAGUCAAGGAAAUCUGACUAUAGUGAGCGUCACCACAGAUGACAGUGGCUCAUACGUUUGUACAGCUACAAACAUUUGGGGUACCACAACAUCAUCACUACAGCUUGGAGUCUACACUUCUCUCAAGUUCGUUAACAAGCCUCCAUCCUCUGUUGUUGUGAAAGUUAAUGAAACCCUGAACUAUCUUAUUCCGUAUCGAGUGAUCUACAGCCAACAAUUUUCUGGCUGUUCGAUAGAGUCCCCUCAUUACCUCAAGGCGCAGCUAUUCAAACAUCGAAUUACUUGAUUGUACCGUCAGCGAACCACACUCAUGGCGGUACUUACACUUGCAGUACUUCUAACUUACUAAGCUCAAUUUACGCUGAUGUCAUCGUUUAUGUCGAAUACCCUGAGAUUGCAGCGAGGUGAAAGCAAACAUCAGCGAAGUAAGUGGUGAAUACGUCAUUGAUCCAGAUGGUGUACAAGGCGAGAAUCCAAUUACUGUUUACUGUGACAUGUUCGACCAAGGAGGUGUUGGAGUGACAGUUGUCAGUCAUGACAGCGGAAGCAGAACCCACUUCACUGGGGUAAACAAUGAUGAUAAUUACAAGCGUGACAUCCAGUACAUUGGCUCCAGUUUCUCUCAGUUAGCAGGACCGACAGAAGCUUCAACAAACUGUGACCAGUUCAUUAAAUAUGAAUGCAAGAAAUCUAAGUUGAAAGACAACCAAGCUUAUUGGAGGUCACGGGACGGUGCAAAAAUGACCUAUUGGGGUGGAGCUUCGUACGGGAACAGGUGCGCAUGCGGAAUGACAAAUUCCUGUGCUGAUCCUGUGGAAGGCUGUAACUGUGAUAAGAAUGAUAGCACUUGGCGGGAAGACAGCGGUCUUCUGACAGACAAGUCUCACCUCCCUGUCUCUCAGUUGUGGUUUGGCGACACUGCCGAUGACGGAGAAGAAGGAUAUCAUGGGAAAAUUAAAGUGCUAUGGAAUGAACUAAUCUUAUGGGACAACAAUCGCUUGGCAACGAUUCACUUAUUAUAGCAAGGUCACUUGUAACACAAGCACACGACACGACCAGAAUUAGUCAUUUCUUGUUUUAAUACAAAGUAAUCCACGAGGCCGAGGCCGAUGCAAUGAGUUUGGAGGUGGAAGGAAUAUUAGCGAGGGAGAAGAUAAUGAAAGAGAGGGAAAAUAGAAUCCGAGUGCCGUGUACUAAAAGUGUUAGAGGAAAUUUUUGCCAAUAUAAAUAACGAGAGAUGGGACCUUCCUUAAACUACAACAGGCUCCUUUAUGGGGUCACUCCGGAAACCUCGAAGUUAGCCUUCCGCGGUCUGGUGACGAAGAUUCUCACAAAGCCACUGAAAUCGAAUCAUUAAGCCUUGGGCAAUGUUUUCUCGAACUCUCGCUCAUGUGUGC